GAGGUAGAGGAGGAGGAGGCCGGCGGAGGGCAGGAAAGGUGUGACAGCCCGGAAGAGGAACAGAGGGGGAAAGGGUUAUGCGAGCGAACGUCAGAAGAAGAGGUGUAUUGAUGCCGUGAGUUUUCAGCCAGCCAGCCAGCCAGCCAUCCAGUCAUGGCGCGGUGGUGGUGCCGUGCACCCGGUCGGACAUUGUGUGCAGCUUGGCUUUCCCUGCUCCUCUCCCCCCUUCUCUGGCAAACGCGCUCUUCCGUGUCUCCACUGGUCCUCGCAGCCCCUGCCUGCCCACGCAGUUGCAGCUGCCCCAGCCUCAGAGAGGUCCACUGCACUUUCAGACACCUUACCACCAUACCCAAAAACCUCCCCCGAGACACGGAGAGAGUCAAUUUGGGUUACAACAGUCUGACGGAGGUAGAGGGGUCAGAGUUCAGGUCGCUACGGCAACUGGAGAUGCUCAUGCUGCACGGCAACGACAUCAGCACAGUUCACCACGGGGCCUUCUCCAGCCUGAGAUUCCUACAGGUCUUGAAGCUGAGUUAUAACAAGCUGACAAGGGUGAGCCCAGCUCUGUUAGAGGGUCUGGUGGGUCUGCUGCGUCUCCAUCUGGACCACAACCUGAUAGACUUCAUAGAGCCCUACUCCUUCUCUGGCCUCACCUCCCUGAAGCUCCUGCAGCUGGAGGGGAACCUUCUCAAAGACAUCCACCCUCACACCUUCAUAACAGUGUCUCUUCUGGGAGCAUUCUGGACCUCAGGCCUCAGACAUCUCCAUCUGUCAGACAACCUGAUGGAGCAGCUUCCGGAAGCAGCGCUGCAGACUGCUCCUCGGCUGGAGGUGCUCUCUCUCCACGGCAACCCCUGGACAUGUGACUGUCAGCUGCACUGGCUGCUGGAGUGGAACUCCAGGCAUGGGGGGGUAAUAAAGUGCAAGAAGGAACGAGAGCCGGGCUCUGGCGAGACCUGCCCCCAGUGCGCCUCUCCUCAGCCUUUGAAUGGGAGCCUGUUUCUGGAACUGAGUCCCGACAAGCUUCCUUGUGAGCGCCCGCUUCUCCACUCGCCUCUUAAAAAGUGGGACAGCCCAGUGUGGGCUGAAUCUGACGCAGAGCCCGAUGUCCCGUACAUCCGUGAUCUUGAGAGACCCUUGGGCCACCUGACCUUUGUUCUCUCUGACAGCCACACAAACAACGCACAUGUGGCGUGUGCCGUGCUGCGGCCUGGCGAGAGCUCGCCGAUUGUUUGGGCAGAGAGUCUACGCUCUCCCGCAGAGUUAUCGUUCAACGUGUCGCUGGUGACUGUCCUUGAGUGCGAGAUUGACCGGGAGACAUUGCAAAACCUGUGGAGGCUGGUGGCAUAUUACUAUGAAAGCCCUGCUAUCUUGGAAAGAGGCCUACAACGUUCGAACACAACCAGAGUAACCUAUCAGUAUGCCCAAGCUGUCAGCGAGGAGUCCCCCUACUUCACGGACCUAAAGGGUUAUUUGAUGGCAGAGCCCUCGUGGCUGCUUCAACCCAGAGUCACUUUGCAGCUCAACAGACGUCAGACGACAAACAAAAAACUCGUGAUGGAUUUCACUACUCUGAUCUCCAAGCAGAUCAAGAGUCGUGGAGGGCGGGAAGGUGAAGGGAAUGGCAGCGCUUCCUCCUGGGCUCUGAUUCGCAGAGGGAUGGCAGGAAGGGUUCGGUCCAUUCUCGAGGGAUCAAGAGUCUGUUUGGAAUGUGAUGUCAUCAGCGUGAGCUCAGAGAUAACAGUGGAAUGGAUGCUACCAGAUUUGUCUGUUUUCGAGGGCCAGAAUGAUAAAAUGGAAAUUUCUGAAAGCGGGGGACUUGUGAUCCUGAAUACCAGCAUAUCCGACUCAGGCCUAUAUCACUGUAUGGUCAGAACCAAAGCGGGUGUGGACUUGGUGCCCAUGAGACUCACAGUAAAAGAACAUUCCCUCAGUCCAACUGCUUUCAAUGGUCAAAAAAUGAUUGCUGAGAUGGGAUGCUCACUGUCUCUCCCAUGUAAAGUGACCUCGGCACAGCCUAUUCAAACUCUCUGGUACCUGCCCAAAAAUAAGAUUCUUCUCCCGACACAAAACACAAGAAGGGCAGAAAUGAUGGAAAAUGGGACACUGGUAUUGAAGAAACUGACCCCAGAUGAUGCGGGGGAAUACAGCUGCAUGGCCUCCAACCUUUACGGAGUGGAUAUGCUGUCACACAUCGUGGAAGUCACGGGAGAGAAGGAAUCUAAAAGGACAAAUGUGCAGACAGACAGAAAGCGGACAAUCUCGUUGGCCGGAGAGGAGGAAGGAGAGGGAUCAGGGGUAGACUACCAGGAAAUUAAAUACCCUUCUGCUACGGAGUCACCGAGAAGGAUUGGAACACAGCAGAGAAAUUCUGGCGGGACCAUUAAUGGAAAAAGACUUAAAGAUUUUAAGAGAAAACCCAACAAGUCAGUAAAGGAGUUAGAUCGAAAUCGUUGGGCGGAAAUAUUGGCUAAAGCCAACGCUAAAGCAACAACAGCUCUGCCCAGAAUACAAUCAAUAACAAUGGCCAGCUUUAAAAUGGCGACUCCUACCAAACCCACCACUAUUAAUACCCCUGCUCCUCCUCUUGCAACUACAACAGCUACUACUACUACAACUACUACCGCUACCACCAUUACCACUAAUUUCCCCCAAUCUACUGGUCCUGACUUGACAAAGAAACCAGUAAGUUUAAGUGCCAACCCAACAACCGCACACCACUUUGCCACUCAAACUCUUCAGCCAGCCAAACAACCAGAAAAUAGGCGCUCAGGGGUUGGGAGAGGGAAUUGGCCCAACAGAAGGAGACCACCCUAUGGACGUAGAAGGCCACCAAUCAGAAGAGUCCAUCCACAUCAAAGGCCCUCUCCCCCUUUAUCAAAGAAACCCCAAACAACAGUUCCCCAGCCCACCACUACAACAACUACAACAACUACUACAGAAAUGGCUUCAACCACGGUUAGAAAUCGUGAUUAUGCAAAUGCUAACUAUCACAAAGAGGUCAAAGGUGGAGAUGACCUAGACGGCAAGGAUGAGAUUCACGGUGAUGAAAUAGAUAUAAAGGAUGCUACUGAGCUGAACAGUGAGUUCCUUCAUUCUACCCAUGAUUCUGAUCAUAUACCUACCGAAGCAAUGGCCAACAGGGAAAAUGCAUUGAAGGUCAUUUCCUUUUCAAGUGCACCUAAUUUGCCUACACCAAAGAGUAUUCCAACACCAAAGCCAGGAAUUAUGCCUCAUCCAAAUAAAAAGAUUGCUGAGGAGAAUGAAAACGACUUCAACGGAGCGACUGUAAAACAGAGUGAAAUAGACAAAGACACUGAAACUUCACAAGAGGACAGGAACAGUGAGGAAAAGGCCCCUAUAAACCCCUAUAAAAAAGCAAAGGAGGAGACAGGGAAGCGAUAUGGAAAAGAAAAAGAAAGCAGGGAGAUGGACAAGGACAAAGCUGCAGAGGAUUUAAUAACACAGAGCUCCAAAAUACAGGGUAGUACCCACCAAAUAAACCAGAGUGGACCACUACCUCAUCUACAACCUUCAGGGGGAGACAAACCAAAAAUACAUGCGAAAACUUCCCCGUCCAGAGUCACUCCUUCACUAAAGGAUGUUGUUAGUCCCAUACACCCAGGAGGCGAACGAAAAAGAGGAGAGAGCCAUAAGAAAGAAGAAGAUCAAGAGGUGGAAAGGUCUAAGGCAAAACCCGAGAGCUCUAGUUUCCUCAUAACAGACCCGGUUCACCCCCGGAUCCACCAGUCCAACCAAAGAACAUCUUCCCCUGCGCCACCACAUGAGGACCAAGACAGGGGUGGAAGGAGAGAAAAAGGAGAAGAAGGCAAAAGAAGACCGGAAGUGGGGCAAGGAAAGCAGGGAAAGUUUUCUCAGCCCCCUCGUGUUCUCCCAACCCCAUACUGGCCCUCCUAUUAUCAUUAUUACCGCCUUGCUUACCCCUCCUGGCCAGGUCAAAGGUCAUUUCCUCAUUCCAGGAAAGGUCCUUGGUCACACAUCGUCCCAACCUACCAACCCUGGCUUCUCCCUUACUUCAGGGUUCAAGACUCAAGGCCCACCAACCGACCAGAGAUCACCGCUGAGACGGUGAAACCCACAGCCGUCCCUUCGGGGUCAUCAGGGAACACCAGACUGAGAACUGCCACCACGCCUCACCCGUCGCAUCACAAGCCUGAUGCUGGUGGUGGGUCGCAUUCGGCUCCAGGGAGCAGGACCCAAACCAGGGAUCACAUGCUUUUGUCAAAGCUGAGGAACAGAUACAGACAAGUUGCCCCUCGGCAGGCCUAUGAGGGCAAGCGUUCCGCCUGUGCCCCACAUCCCCACACCCAGAACAUGUAA